AUGUACACGAAGAUUACCGAGCUUCUGGAGACGAGGAGGAAUCCGUUGCUGUUGAAUUGCGGCGACAACUUCCAAGGCACUCUCUGGUACAAUAUGUUCAAGUGGAGGACAGUCCAGAAGUUCAUGAACCUACUCCCGUUUACCGCAUAUACGCUGGGCAAUCACGAAUUCGACGAUGGAAUAGCCGGUGUGGUUCCUUUCAUCAAAACCAUGAAGGCUCCACUGGUCGUAUCCAACUUGGACGACUCUCAAGUACCGGAACUGCAGAACCUAUACAACAAAAGCAUCGUUGUUGAAGUCGAAGGAAAAAGGAUCGGUAUUGUCGGAGUGAUUCUAUCAACUACGAAUCAAAUAUCAAAUACCGAAAAUUUGAAAUUCCUAGAUGAGGUUGAGUCAGUUAAUAACGAAGCUUUGCGGUUGCUGCACGAAGAACAAGUUUUCACCGUCAUCGUUAUUUCGCAUUGCGGUUACGAUAAGGAGAUGGAAAUCGCGAAGAAAGCAGUCAAAGGAAUCGGACUGAUCGUCGGUGCUCACAGUCACACCUUACUCUACACCGGAACUCCUCCUGAUGGUUCAAAAGCUUUAGGACCUUACCCGACUGUUAUCAAAAGGGAAAUCGACGAUGGAAAUGUCUUGGUGGUGCAGGCUUCCUCCUACACCAAAUACUUAGGAGAUCUUGUAGUCAAGUACGAUGAUCUGGGAGAAGUCGAAUCGUUCGAAGGGAAUCCAAUUUACUUGGAUCACACUAUUCCUGAAGAUGAAACGGUUAAUAAGAAGAUGCAACCUUACAAGGAUGCCGUUGUUGCCAAAGGCAACCAGGUUUUGGGCGAGACCAAAGUCUUUUUGGACCAAUCCGAUUGCAGAUACAGUGAAUGCAACAUCGGCAAUUUCAUAACCGAUGCCAUGGUAUAUUACUACAAGGACAAGUCGGAAACUGGUGGAUCUUCUUCGAAAUUGGCCAUCUUCAACGUGGGCGGAAUACGCACCUCGAUUCCAAUUGGAAAUAUUACCUAUAACGAUAUGGCGAACUGUCAGCCUUUCGAGAAUACCAUAGAUGUGAGCGUCAUCAGCGGCCACUUCAUAAAAGCCUUCUUCGAGCAAACAGCCAUUCCUUACUACUUCAAGGAAUCCAGCAGAAACGUCAAUCUCUUGCAAAAUUCUGGUUUCAAAAUUGUCUACAACUUGAACAAUCCGAUAGGAAGCCGCGUCAAGUCCAUCAAAGUCUUGUGCAACGAUUGCCCGGAACCGGAAUACCAUGAUCUUGAUCCGAGCAAAGAUUACAAAUUGAUCACUGCAAGUUUCAUCACUAAAGGCGGGGACGGCUUCAAAGUGAUCUCGGAAAACCUGAGGAACGUGCAGGUGGGACCGGUGGACAUGGACGUUUACACCCACUACCUGAAGAACGAAUCAAACCCAUUCUCUACCGCAACAUAA